AUGAAACGUGCGAGAGAAAAUGUACCAGAAACAUAUGCACCCCGGAAACAUUUUCAGAAUCCAGAAACAUCAUCACCAUCGACACCACCACCGGAGGGACGGGACGAAGAAACGGGAAUAUGGGACUGGAGCAAAUUUAGUGAGGGGAAAAUAAAAAAUUAUGUCCUGGACCUGAAGGGAUUGGAAGCGUUGCAGACGAUGGCUGCAACCGAGUCAGAUGGAGAGAUGGAAGAACAAGAAGAUACUCCGUCGGAGGAGGCAGUUGCGAGAGACUUGAAAGCCUGGGAAGAAGAAUACAUCAAGUCGGACAUUCUCAGUGACAAACUUGUUGAAACUUUUCAAUGCGCCAGUCAUUCAUGUGGAAUGGACGAGAUCAAUAAAUGGACAAAAAAAAUGUACGAGGCUGAAUGUACCGAAGGGAGAAAUACAGUACCUGGAAAUGAAGGCGGCCCAUCUCAAACGAAACAGCCAAGACUGGUGGAUGCAACUGAUCAAACCGAUGACAAUAACCUACGAGAACGAGAUGGGAAUGUCGCUGAAAUAGAACGGGAAAACGAGCAAGUUUUACAUGGAGGGCAAAAGCGUAAAUACAGCAUUGACUGUGGACAAAAUAGCAGCACUUACGAUAGAAAUUCAGAUAUUAUUUUACUUUUAUGCGAAAAUGGUGCUUUCACAGAAUCAGAAGCUAUACAAGUGCUUACGAGAACGCUUCAAGGCAUUAAAUUUAUCUGUUCAAAACAAUAUACUGAAAGGAUCAAAAACUACAUCCACAUCGCAAGAAUUUUGGUAUUUCAAGAAUCGGUAAAACAACGAUUCGAACGAGCUAAGGCGGCGUUUGAGAAACAAUCAAUAUUUACGGAUGAAUACCUAGAUAAUACUUACAGAAUAUUAACAGACAUCUUAAAAUUAAAUCAAAUUGAAACGAAAUAG